CGCGCGCGUGUGUGUGUGUGGAGCGAGAGAGGGAGAGAAAGAGAGACAGAGGGGGGAGAAAAGCAAAAAAAACUUCCAUCUAAAGUUUGUCGGAACUCGGAAGUGAAUGUUUGGGAGAAAAACGUCAAUAUGGGGACUCGAUGCAGCAGCGCUUCUGACUCUGUGUGAUUAUGUUCGGGGGCCACGAGCAGUGAUUCUCACCCUGCGCUUAUUAACCGUUAAUCCACAGCACAAAUCAGCCGUCCGACCCCCGGGACCAGUGCUCGGAUCACCACGGGACCAGCAACGUUUGGAGAAAUAUGUGAUUUUGUCACGCUUGGUUGAAUGUGUAGCUGUAUCAGGGGACGCCCGUCAUUCCCGAUCCAAGGCGGAGGAUGGAGAGGAAUUACCCGAGCUCCAGCUUCACAGAGCCGGUCAGCGCGGCGGCUCAGAGCGCGGGCUGGGCCUACAAACCCAGUUCAAGUUAUGGUUCUACACAAUUGGAGUCUGAGAUCCUCCAACGGCAGACCUUUGCCUCUAGUCACCAGCCUACGUUUACCACCACCCACCACCCCACAGGAGUGUUUGACUCAAAUCAGCACAGCACAGCCAGCAGCAACACUACUGAAUCAUCAGUCAUGAACUUCCUCUCCGCUAUUGAAUCCCGAGGCCUUCAGGCUGGACCUGCUGGCUCUACUCUUCUCCCUCCAUUUCGAAGCCCCUCCUGGCAAACAGGUGCAAACACUUCAACAGAACUUUUUCUCACCGGAGCCCUGCAUCCAUCAGGAACGUUCCCAACACCUUCAGCGCUCUCCUCCUAUCAGCACCCUAGUGCCUUUCCUACAAGAAGUUUCACCACUACAUCAGCGCUUGCUGUUCAGGACAGCACUUUCAUCUCUUCGAAUGGUCUGCUAUCCCCUAAUGACCCUCUGCUCCAGUUCAAAUCCUCCCAGAACACUGUGCCAACUUCACUUGCUUUUGGUGGUACGUCUCUAGGGGUCGGCUUGCCACCUCAGUCCUCCACGUAUCGCUCAGCACAAGAGUCAGCCCCACACCUCCUUCAGCCUCAGUUCAGUCUGCUGUCCACAUCUUUGGGCAGUUCCCAGCAGGCCCCCCAGCCUUACGGUGGCCCGGUUUUCUCAGGCUCCAUCGAACGAGCACUUCAACGUGAAUGUAGUGUGAUCAAGCACCAUCAGCGGCCUUCUAGCACCCAGCCAGUCCAGGAGCAGCUGGCUAGCAGUACCCAGCACUCCCUACAGAGUUACCUGCAUGACGAGGAUGACAUUUCAUAUCAACAGGACCUUUCCCCGCACACGCCCGUACCCUGCAGUCCUGCAGGUGACCCUUCACCCCUAAACGGCACUGCACAACAGAAGACUUCUAAUACAGCGCUGCAGCAAACUCAGGCCUACGCUUCUUCUGUCCCCUCCCCUGGGUUUUCCAGCACAUCUGGAGUAAAGGUUAAAGACGGUUCUAGCAAAACAGCUCAACAUCCCAGUGGGAACGCAGACACUCAAGCCCAGACAAGCUCCCCAGGCCUGCAGCUGCCGAGCUACUCUUCCUCAGCCCAGAAACAAAGUUCAGUGAUCGCCAGCCAAUCGCAACCAUACACAUCCACGCAGCUUUCGAGCCUGGUGUCCGUUAGUGCCUCGCAUGCUUACAUCACAUCUCAAAGCCUGUCGAGCAACCUGAGCCAAACACAGGCCUUCUCAUCUAGUUUGUCUGAGAAGCUCCCUUCCAUUUACAAGACUCUCUUGUCAUACACUAGCCAAUCUGAAGCUGAGACAUCUGUGAGCCAGUCUCUUGUUUAUUCCUCCAGUCAGCAGCAGGAAUUGCCACAUGUGGGAAACAGGGAUGGGUACGAGACACCUGGGCAAACUCUUUGCAUGGGAAGUCCUUCUCAAAACUAUUCUUCCAGCCACUCUCAGAGCCUGCCAACCAUUAGUUUCUAUACCCAGGGGCCAACAUCUGCUAGCGUACCUUCACAGAACUAUGUGUCAAGUCAGUCCCUCUCCUCCGUCUCUUCUUUCUCACCCAAUCGUGCCCGAAGCUCAUCAUCUGCUAACCUAGGCCCGGAUUACAUCCUAAUGCAGUCUUCCCCGCUUAGCAAGACAGACAGUGCCUUGUUACAGCAGAAGUACUUGGUAUCUGUCCAGUCAUCAACCUCCUCUCCUGCCACCCACACCCAAGCCUUGCCCACUGACCAGUCCUCAGUUGACUUAAAACAACGUCAGCAAGAUGAACAAAUCUUUCUUUCCUCAAAAGAGAGCUCUGGAGAGCUUCCCCUUGAGGAUGUGCAGGCAUUACAGAAAGGAUCUAUGGGGACCUCUCCCCAAACCCUUUCAGCCACUGAAAUCGGAACAAAAAAUGACGUUUACGUAGUUUCAAAGAUGGAAGACAGGCAUAACACUCAAAGUGUCAUUCGCAGUAACUCCCGAUCUGAGGAGCAGGUCCUUACACAUUUGGAAACCACAAAGGAGCUCGCUACUAGUGCCAAUACUCCCUCCGAGCCCAAGAGUAACCCUCUAUUGAUGCACUCCACCCUUGCACCCUUGAGUGCCGACCAGCUGAAACAGCAUACUCUAGUUCUGAAAGGGUCCAUAUCUCAGCAGCAGAAUCAUCAGGGUCAGAUUAUCCGAGUUCAACCGAGUGAUCCCAGACAGCUGUCUGAGGACCAAACACAGUUCAUCCGGGUUCCCAGUUCCCAAGUGCUACUCGAUCCCUCUCACAUGAUUGUUCUGCAGCAGCCUGUGCUCACUUCAGGCCAGAAUCAGCCCAAGCAGACUAUGUACAUGCAGUCCGUACCAGUCCAAUAUCUCCAAAUGAACAGCGACACUGGUCAUUUGACAGUUAAUGGGCGUCACAACCAGCCAAUUGUCUCUCACCAAGUGCCCAACUCGGCAGAGUCCACUAAACAGGACCCGACACAAAAAGACAACUUCAAUCAUUCAAAUCCUCAUGACACAAAGCAGAACUUUACUCUCAGUUCUGUAUGUUUUCCUGACUCCAUGCUAUUGGCAGAUGACAGGAACAUCCUCUCAAAUGUCGACGACAUUCUCGCUGCUACGGCGGCCGCCUGUGGCGUCACACCACAGGAUUUUGUCAAAUCCACAUCAUCUGAUGGCGACAUGUCAUCGGUCGCCAACUCUAUAGAUUCCAAGUGCAAUUUUCAGUCCUCUGAGAACAGACUAAAUAGUUUCCCAUCUCAGCAUAUGGUAAUCGCUAACUCGCAAGCGAUGACUAUAAUUGGUGCUCAAACGACAUACUCCAAAGAAGAAACGGAGGGACACCAAGUGUUUACGCUCUCAAACUCUCAUAACCAACCUGUGGGAAGAAACAACUCUGCACAAGAAAUAUCUGACAAGGUAGCAAACGCUCAUGAGAAGAAUGAUGUGUUACCCAAAGGACAUUUUGUGAACUCUAGCAAUGGUUCUGCUUUGAAUGCUAAUGGACUUGCUAUUAGUAAUACAACCUCCUCUGACUUUCAGUUGGCCGGCCAGGAACAAAGUCAGUCAGGGCAUCUGAAUAUUGAAAAUGUGUCAAAUAAUAAUAUAAGCCAGUUAAAGGGAUCGAAAGGCCUUAAAAACGAUGACGGUCUUAUUGAGCAUCCUACUGAUGGCCUUCCAAAAAAACGAUCCAGAUCGAAGGGUUCGUCCAAGCAGUCUGUUGAAGAUGAAAAUGGUCAAUCCAAAUCUCAGAAGAAAAGCACACAAGUUAAGCGCCAGAAUUCACGUGCCAGUGAGGCAAGUUUGACUUCCACCUCAGAGACUUCUAAUGAAAGCUUCCAACAGCAGGAGAGGAUGCGUCAGAAGUUAAAAGAGGUUGAAGAAAAACAGCCAGAGGUUAAAACUGGGUUCUUGGGCUCCUUCUUGGACUUCCUUAAAUCUGGAUCCAGACAAAACCUAUCAUCUCCACCAAUACGGUCACCCAGUCGCACCAGAAAGCCUUCGACCUCCAAGAGGCCUCCUAAUCCAUUACUUAUUCCUUUUAAACCUCCCCUUCCUUCAACCCCAUUGACAUCUCCAGACCCUCAUAGCGUCAUUUCUACGAAGCGACUUGAUGAAGAGCUCCAAAGGAACCUGGAAACGCUGCCAACCUUUUCCUCUGACGAAGAUGAUUCGGUGGGGAAAAACCAGGAUCUGCAAAAGAGCAUCACUUCUGCGCUUUCAUCCUUAGAUGAGCCCACAGAAAAAAAGCAGAAGUUGGGUGACAAUACUAAGCAGCUUCAGGCCUCCAGCACACAGCCUAUAGUUGCCAAGCCACAGGAGCAACUGAAGGCUGUACAGAAGAUUUCUGCAGAGGAGUUGGUGAAGGAUGUGCCUCCAGACAAGUUAGCAGUUCAACUGACCGCGGUUGCUAUCGAGGGUCUGAUGGACGAGGAGCUGUCGGAUAGUGGAGGGGAGGGCAUGUACCGGGAGCGAGAUGAGUUUGUGGUUAGGAAUGAGGACAUUGAAAGGAUGGAGAUCACAAUGAUUGCUGGGGUUGAACCACCAGCCAUCUGGAAGGUCCAGAAAGCCCUGCUGCAGAAGUUUGUACCUGAGCUCAGGGACGGGAAACGAGUGUUCUUUGCCACCAACAGUUAUUUGGGGUACUUUGGUGAUGCGAAGUCUAUGUACAGGAGAGUACAUGUCAAAUUUCUUGACACGGUCAACAAGCGGGAGUAUGUUCGAGUUUGCAGUAGGAAACCACGAUGCAAGCCCAUGCAUUCAAUGAGAGGCUCUCAGGCUAAAGCUCUUCUGGCCCAACGAUUCACUGCAGUGACUGUGUCGGACUCUCCCACGCAGAAAACGGCACAACAGAAAGCUCUGUCUAAACCCAGACCCAAGCAGACGAAAGCCAAGGCUGAACCGCCACCCAAAAAGAGAAAGAAAUGGAAAGAGGAGUUCACGACAUCUCCAUCCGACUCCUCACCCGAGGCUGUGAGUGAGGAUGACGAGUUUACGCCUCCGGUUCCAUUCGCUUCCCGUUUCCUGAACACCAGAACAAUGAAGGAGACCUUUAAGAGCUUCGUAGAGCUGCUGAUCAGCGUCGCCCUGGACACGGAUGUCAUGAACGCGCUCGAGCGAGAGAACGACGAGCUGCUGCUGCCUCACAUGAAGAGGGUGGAUGGAAUGAUCACAGACAACAGGCGGAGACUGCUGCCCAAACUGCGCAUGGGUCAGAUCUUCAAAAAUGCAUUAGACAGCUUUCCUGAGCUGUCUGUGGUCACCGAGCUGAAAACAGACUGCGAGACUCCCGUUUUUAAAGUAAGGUUAAGUGGGAGGGCUUACAACAGGAAAACCAUGAAGCCCUCGAAAUCCCCCAGCAAACUUCCCUUGGAAUACACAGUGGAUCAGCAGAAGACGAAGUGGUUUUCCUUAUAUCACUCUCUACAACACUACAAGUACCACACAUACCUGAUGUGUAUGGAGGAGAUUCAGUUGUUGAAGUCGCGAGGUAAAGACCUGGGGCAGGAGGAGACGGUCCAGACUUGCAUGGGCAACAGGACAUGGGUUGAGGGUCUGUUCGAUCGCUUCGGGGAGCUUCUGACACAGGUGCAGCAGGCCUGCCUUUAAACAGAAGCUUAGAUUAUGCUGAUAGACAAGUAUAUACUGGAAUGAGCAUUCAUAAACCUGAUGAAAUGCUUUAAAGCUCAUUUGAGGACAGAGAUCAAUACGAAGAGACUGUAAGGGUUUUAACAAAUGGAAUAAAAUAGACCAAACAGCUGCCUUUUCCUGACAUCCACAGAGACGAUGGACUUCGAUUGUGGGUUUACAUGUAAAACUUGCUGUAGUUGAGUUUUGUCUGUGCUGAAUCAAUGUCGGCAUCCUAGGACCAGAAUCGAUGAUCUGUUAUGUGAUACAGAGUGUCUUGCUGGGAAGUUUUAAACCAUCUUUGGUUUAAAAGAACAAUAUCAGUCUGGAACUAUGGUUAGGAGGGCAAGGUGAUUAUAAAAAUGAAAUUAUACAUAGAUAUAUAUGUAAAACAUCACUUUUUAAGACUGAAUGCCAAAUUUAUAUAUGUAAAAUGUACAUUUUGUAUAGAGAGCUUGUUUGUCAAAGGAUUCUCAUGACAUAAUAUAGAACACUUACCCGAUGUGCUUUUGAAACUCUGUUAUAACAGAGUUGGUGCAAUUCUAAUAAUGCUUUUGUGAUAUAUUUUGUUGUAAUAAAAGCAUUUACUUAAACUAUUUUUUCUGAGGUAAAAAAUCUCUUUAUACUCUUUUGUCCUUUUUUUCCCCUCAAAGCAUUUAUUUUAUCUCACAGAUAGAUGUAUUUUUCACUGAAGGAAAUAUUGUGGUCAUUUGUCAUACAUUUGUAGAUGGCCUAUACGUUUAUGUCAUAUGCACAUUGUAUAAAACAUUUAGGAAGUUCCUUUAUUUGGGAAUUUUGCUGGUUUUCCACCAUUUUAAGCAGAUUACUGUGCCGACAGCAUUGGAUUAGUUUUAUGCUUUUCAGGUGUAGCUGUGUUAAACACUACAAUGUUUUUGCUGACAUGUGAAAAUAAAUUUCCUAUUAAAUGAGAA